AUGUGCUUCACUGUCUCAGGUCGCGGACCACCACCUGGAGCGCCUCCAGGAGCGCGAGCGCCGUCAGGACGAGGCCCCCCACUAGAAGCACAACUGACUGCCGGUUCUCUACGAGGUCCACCCCCUGGGUUCCCAAGAGGACGAGGGCCACCCCCUGGCCCACCACCUGCGGCUUCGGUGCAAAACCUUCCACCAGGGAUCUCGCCAUUCGGAGCUGCCGUUCGGGACCCACCUUCAGGGAUUCCACCCGGUCAAGCACCUGGUCGAGGCCUCCAGCCAGGUGCGCCACCUUCGGUAUCUGCUGGCCGACCACCCUUAGGAUCUCCACUAAACCGGGGAACAUUAGCCGGGAUGCAGUCUGGUUCUGUGCUUGUAGACGGCUCACCUCGGGGUCCACGUCCAGUAGGAUCACCUACAAAUUUCCGCGGCGCAUCUCAUGCGCCGAUGAAUAUACCAUCUGGGCAGUUAUCAGCAAUUGCGAGCGACCCACCGCACGGAAUGGCACAAAAUGGAGUUUUACGUCCACCUGGAAUAUCACUCGCUGGAAUGGUUCCAUCUCAAGGAGUGGUAUUCCGAGAACCUCUAGGAUCGUCACCUGGCUUACCACCACGUGGACCACCCGGGCCUCCACCUGGCUUGCCACCACGUGGACCACCCGGGCCUCCACCUGGCUUGCCGCCACGUGGACCAUCCGGGCCCCCACCUGGGAUGCCGCCACGUGCAGGAAUGUCACCAUUAGCCAUGCCUCCUCGAAUGCAGGGAACUCCGCCAAGAAGACCGCCGCCGGGUUACCCGCCAACAUUUCGCGGUUUACAUCAGGGUUCAGAUAUGCUAGCUUCACGGGCUCCGCCGGGGCCACCAAGCGACACUUUACCGAACCAGGUAGUACGAGGUACUGACUCAGAGCCGGGAGUCGCUUCACCUCAAGGCCAGCCUGGUAUACCGCCAUCGCGUGGCCCUCUCGGAUUUUCAGGCGUAACGCCAAGAGGCCCGCCACUGCGGGGCCCGCUUGGUGGUCUCGCUCCUCGCUUCGGCAAGCUUGCCGUGAACAUUUUGCGUGCAUUUGAUUUAAAAAAGUUUGGGGUUAUGGACACUGCAGACCCGUACGUUAAACUCACGAUUGGUACACAGGAAGUACAAACCAAGGUACAGCGAAGUGGUGGUAAGACGCCUGAGUUCAAUGAAAAUUUUGAAUUUAACAUUGCAACCGAGAAAGAGCUUGUGGUCGAAAUUUGGGAUGAAGAAAAGGGCGGACAUGACAGGUUUAUGGCUCAAGCAAAAGUGGAAAUCGUGCCGUGGCUGGUUAAGGGCGGUUUUGAAGGAGUUAUCAAGCUGCUCGAUCGCAAUGGCGGCCCUGCUGGAAAGUUGCUGAUUGCUGCUAAAUUUACGAAGCCAGAAGCUAGUGUAUUAGGGCCUGUCAAGGCACCUCCUAUGACAUCCCCGGUACUCGUCAGUCCAGCGGUGGCACCGCAUCCGUCAGGAUCGAAUGCCUUUUCUGUUCCUGGUGUGGCACUUCUGGCACCGACUGAACCGCCUCGAGAUCCAAAUGGCAAUUUUACUGACAAAGAGAUCUUGGAGGCAUUUCAAGCUUUUGAUCUUGAUCACAACAAUUACGUCGGUGCUGCUGAAAUUCGCCACGUUCUUAUAAACAUUGGUGAAUCGCCCACAGACGAAGAAGUUGAUGAAAUGAUCAAAAUGGUGGAUAAGGACGGUGAUGGGCAAGUAAGUUUUGGCGAGUUCUAUGCCAUGGUAACCAAAGGCAACCAGCCGCCACCUGGAUUGGGCGUGACCACGACGGUGUCCGAAAAAGGCCCAGGUCCGACAGGUGCAACUUCAGGUGCUCAGGCCAUCCAAUUGCGUAAUCAGCGCAAGAUGGCUCUGGACGAGUUUGCACGCGACAACGGCAUUCGAUCAGAGAGCAUCAAGAUGGCUUACAAACGAUUCCAAGCCACAGACAAGAAUGGAUCGAAACAGAUCGAUUACUCCGAAUUUUGCGAAGUUUUGCAGGUGGAUCCAUCGCCGCAAAGCCAAAGAGUAUUCCAGCUUUUUGACAAUGACAAAGUAAGUCGAAUCGACGUACGAGAAUUUAUGAUUGCCUUGUCCAACUUCACGGGCGCGGAUAAAGAGGAUAAGCUUAAAUUUGCUUUUCUCGUAUUUGACGAAGAUGGUAACGGGGUAAUUACGCGGCAAGAACUCAUUAAAAUUCUUAAGGCAAAUCACAUGGCCUCUAGCGAGGGAGAGGUUGCGCGCAAAGCGGACACGAUAAUGUCCCAGGGUGACAAAGACGGCGACGGAGUCAUUUCGUUUGAUGAAUUCUCCAUCGUGAGCAAAAAGUUCCCGAAUAUUUUGUUUCCAGCCUACACUCUCAAUACGACAAAAUAUUAA